AUGGCAGCCGGCCUGAUGGUGGGUGGGUUCAUCUGUCGUGAGGUUUCGGCCUUCAAUGGUUCCGAUCAAGUCAGCGCUGUCGAGGGGCUCUUUUAUACUGCUACAUACAUCUUCACCAUUCCGCUCUAUGCUCUCAUCCUUCACCUGGAUUACAAUCUCGCCGAUACGCCACCGUCCCUGAUCCCCCGAAUCCGUCCGCCAUUGUACUUUCUCCUCAUUUCUAUCUUCACCUCGGCCGUCAUCACUUGCACCGCCCAGGGCUGUGCGACGUACCUCUCCCCCGAGGGUCGGUCACCGGACGACCUCGCCUCGGGACUGCGUCUCAUUAAGGCAGCCCUCUUUCUUCAGCUAUUUCUCAACCUGCUCCUCGUCAUAAUUCUCAAGGUCUGGCUGAUAAGGCUAUGCAUCCGGCGCCGUCAGCGAGCCCGGGAAAUGCAUGGCCUGCCGCGCGACGUGGGCAAGGUGGUAGCCGUGCUCGUUUUCCUGCUUGGAUUGAUCAUCCUGACGAAUGUCUUCCGCACGGGCCAAAUCUACGCCAAGCCAACUUCGCGACUGUGGACAAACGAGGGGUGGUUCUGGGGGUUUGUAGUCGCACCCUUGGUCCUGUAUAGUGCGGCAUGGCACUUGAUGCAUCCCGGACAGUUGAUUAGCCAGCGAGAAUCGGGACAGAGAUGCUAUGGGCCAAAGAGCGGCGAGGAUGGGAAUCAUCAGACCCCUGCUGGGAAAUUCUGA